AUGAAUCCACAUCAAAAGAACAAGGUGGAUGUCAGUAAAAUGUCUGCAGACGAGCAACGCUUGUUCCGACUUUAUGGGAAACUCCCAAACAAGAAGGACCUCCUACAGAACAAAUUGAAGGAACGCAAAUAUUUCGACUCGGGAGAUUACGCCAUGUCCAAGGCUGGCAAAGCCUCUGAUGCUGGGGUUACUGCCAUAGGCACUGAACACCCCAAAGCCGAAGAAAUCCCUCACAUGAGUCCUCUCAUGCACACCGUCUCUCGCACCGAGUCAAAUGUCGGCCUUCCCGGAUCCAACCCAAGUCUUGCAAGUUCUCCCGAAGCCCAGCCAACUGCAGGUCUACACCGUGGAAGCAUCAACGGCAUACCAGGUGGUGGUUUGCCAGGGGCCACCAGCCGAAGCCCAAUCAAGGAAAGCAGCUUUUUGGCCAGAAGUUCGAGCAUCCAUGAACGAGAUGGUAGCAAUGACAUCAACCAAGACGGACACGCCAGCUUGGAAGGGAGUAUGAGCCCACCAGCCAGCAAAGCAGGAAUUCCUAUUCGGAGAUGA